GAUAUGAUGCUGUAACGCAUGUACUAGUAGCGGAAGGAAUUACAAUUUUUAAUGGCAUUACGCAGCAUCGGGAAUAUACAGAGAACGGGAAUAAUGCUUUAUUGACAACCUGGCGGAUUUAAAGGUUAUAUUGACAAAGUAGUUCUUGAGUGUGAUGCAGUUUAAAGUCUUGUGACGCAGAUCAUAUCCUAAACAGCCCGAGUUCAUCGCAAAGAAGCUUUGAGCUUAAAAUUGUACGCCUGGCGAGCAGGUUUCAAGGAUCUAUACGCAGGGAGGACAACUACGUAUACGAGUUUCAACUUAUGGACUGCACAAAGUGCAUGGUGAUGUUGUCGUGAUAGUACUUGUGUACAAGACUUCGAGCUUAUCUGAAAAAUCAAGCAUUUCGCUCAAGUCGCAGUUUCUUAGACGUUUCAUUUCCUGCCGCGAUUUAUAUGAAUUUAACAUGAAGAACUGAUCGUGGCUGCUUACCCCUAUGGCCUUUGAAGUACUGUUCGUGUUUUUGGCCAUGCUAAUGGUUACUGAAACAGAACGAGCGAGGCAUCUACCUACAAGACGUCGAUUGUGUCUUUGCGCAGAUCGCGUGCUUCCACUACGGUCAUUCUCAGAUGGCAAGGUAUGGGAUUUUUCUUGAUAAAAUCUCUCAAUAUAUCGAGGCAAAUAUACAGCUUAUUGAAACUUUCAAAUAUAUUUGGGAUUGAUUAAGUUCCAUAUGAUACAAAACUGAGUGACUUUCGUGAAUCGAUCGACCGUCAAGGUGUCGCGCAUACGUUCGAUCUUCCACGGGUAAAAUUUCUAAAGAUAGAUAUUCAACCAAAUUAUUGAGAGAUUUAGUAACAGCUUUGUGAACUGUCGAUCGAUGCGUUUUAUAAAACACUUCCGUUGAGACCGUGUAAAGAAACGUGUUUGAAAGGAACGAAUAUAUAAUUAUCCGGAACGAAAGUCAUUUUAGUAACAGCGAUAAGAGUUACAGGUUUGUAACCGAGAACGUGUUUGCUUUUCGAUUUCGACAGCUGAAGCUAAGUUUCAAUGAUAACCUACAGCUUUAAGGCAUUUUUUCGGUGUACAAAACGAUGCCCUCGAGAACAUUGAACUGCAAGACUGAUGGUGUGUGGUUUGGAGAAAACAAAGUAGGCCAGAAAUUAGAUACUCAACGUAUCUUGAGAACCAAAUCCUUACAUUGAAUACUAAGUUUUGUCUUAAGAAAAGCCAGAAAUAAAUUCAAGUUCAUCAGUCUGUUCAUAGGCGUUUAAUAAUAAUAAUGACUUUAUUGGAUGACACAAUUAUUGGUAGAACCAGUAGUUCUCAUUGUGGUCCUCAAUACCGUGGCAAUACCGUGCGCUAAUCUGCGACAGUUUUUUUAGCUCAUGACGUAUUGCGGAGUUCCAUAGUAAGCUUAGCAGAUUUUCCUUGUCCAAACACGACCUCCGCACGGCAAAGUUUUUUCCAAAGACAACAGGCAUUCUUUACCAAAGUGGAAUUUUAUCUUUUGAAAGGUUUACUUUUGCGGUUAUGAUAGAAGUACACAGUUACGAUAAGUGUCUUCUCAACAACAUAUAUAUUAGAGAAUAUCAAAUACCUCUGCGAUCAUAAGGUCACAUAAAUUUUGCUCGUACCAGCGUGUUUCAUCGGCGCAUUCCUAUUGUCUGUGACCUUGGCAAGAGGAGAUGUUUUCGAGCGUUUCAUUGUAUUUCACUGUCACGAACCCUAAUCAUGAGUAUAGUUUUAUGAGUUUUCAGCGAAACGUACGGCAUUUGUGUAUUCGAAGUGGUGGAUAACACUACAGGAGAACACAAAAUACCUCACUGACCGCGUAUGCAAAAUUUUACGAGGCACAGAAUCAUUCAAUAUAAAUGUUUAUAUGUCAGUUGCCCUUCGACUAAAGGCUGGAAGAGUAAUCAUGUAUGAGGUUUCGAGAAAGUAGAUCAUACAACGUGUUCCUAGGAGGCUUGAAGAGAUUUACGGUUGCAGAACAUGAUGAAAAUUAUGACGUGAGCUCGAGUAUUUCUUUAGGUGUGGGUUUCCUAGAAUUGUUCCUGUUGUGUGAUUGUACUAAUGCGCCGAUUCGAAAAGGAAAAGCUUUAAUUAGGGAAUUAUGAGGAAGAAAGUUAUAGGAAAAUGGGUGGAAAUUUAAUAUCAAUAUUAAAUCAUUUAAACAGUUAAUUAGGUACUGUAUCUAUGUAUUUAGUUAGUUUAAGAACCAUAUAUAUGGCAUAAAUUUCCUGCGCUCACAAAUAUUUCAUUUGUACCUACUAUUGUUACAGUAGUCUCCCACUAGAGUUCUUUAAUUAAGGUCGGGGAGCUACAUUUAGCUUUUCCGUAUAUGUUGUGGAUCAGACGUGACAGUAACUUUCCUCAUAGUUUAGAGCCUGUUAAAAAUCAUACGCCGCGUCACAGACACGAUUUUCGCUCUCAACCAAAUUUAUAUGAUCUCAAUGCGACGUGUAACUACUUUCUUUCAUCCAAUCUCAUGCGUAGAAAACGCGAAAAGAUUCAUUUAGGACGUUUAAACAUCAGGGCCCAUUUGUAUAAAGGGCGGAUAACGCUAUCCAACGGAUAAAUCACUACCCAAGGGAUAAGUGAUUGCGAAACGUACUUCGCUAUCUACUGGAUAGAGAUUCAUCCGGUGGAUAACGUCAUCCAACCUUUGAACAACCGGAGCUAGAUCACCGAGGAUUUCAGUGAAGCCUCUGUAAGCAUCGGUUUGAUAAUUCAUAAGCAUGUGAAUGAUCCAAAACAUGAACCUGUUGUCGUGUUUUUCUUUUUGUUUCCUCCAACUGAUUAUUAAAAUAGCGUUUGUCGUUUUGUUUGGAGAGCAUGAGUGGAAAGAGAUUAGUGCAUGGGAUUAAUUAAAGUCCUAUUUACGUGAUUAAUGCAAUACAGUUUUGAUCCCUUUCUAUUUUUCACGGCAGUGAUAUUACAAUUAGAAACAAAUGCGAAAAAAUAUCCUGCUCUCUAACACUCUAUGGAAAAAAAAAAAAAAAAAAGAAGGAAGGAAGGAGCUUUAUUUACAAGAAAAUAUGUGUAACGAGCAUCACUUAGCCCGCGAGCAGAUCCAUACUUAUGGGCGGUUUGGCACGACUCUUUUUUCGCCCAGUAUAAGUGUUCCCAAUAAACCUCUCUUCAACUCGUAUCAACUAUUAAAAACGCGUUUUCUUGCAGCGCUGUAUAAUAAGGUUCUGCUAUGAGACACAGCUGUUACGUUAUCACCAGUGAGCUCUAUUUAAAGCUGGUGUGCACUGGUACUUCCCACUCACUCCUUCCUAAGGAAGAUAUUUAUCUUCCUGUCUGUUGGGUGAUAAAGAUGUGUUGAUGAUGAAACAAUGAAAAAAAAAUCUUUUAAUCGAUUCCCUUUUUACAGGAAUCUUCUUUCGUCUCAUGUAAAGAGUGGUGCAGCACUAAAGAUUUUGAAGGUAACAGGCUAGCUUUGAUAACAACUUCAUAAUUUCUCACUUUGCUCUUGAUGUGUCACAGUUGAGGCAUUCGAAGAACGCGAUUUGGUAUUACCAACCAACCGACAAACUAAUACUCAAGUAGCGAGCCAAAAAAAACAAACAAACAAAACCACGGCCACUACUUAUUUUAGUGUUUUCAUGUCCUUGUAAAAGCAUCUUAUUCCAAGAGCACGUUUGGUAAAACCACCCAACCACCCGAACUAGAAUACAGACAAACAUAAAUACAACCUAAUAAAACAAUCAAAUAGUCAUGGAAUUGACAAAAAAAUCUUAAUUGUCUAGAAUUGUUGAAGGGUUUUAUGAAGACAGGAAGACCAAAAAAGGUCAUGGAUAGACAAAAUAAACCUUAUUUUGUCUAUCCGGACAAGGUUAAUAUUCCUACUUGUUGCGCUUUCUAAUGAUUAUAAAUACUAUGUGGGUCAAAAGCGCAAAAGUUAUUGUGUGAUAUCUGCGGGCCGUGACCAUAAUAAAAUAAUAAUACAACUUUGAUUCUGUAGGAAAGAUGUCAAGUCAUCUGCGCAUACGUCGAAAUGAUGUAGAAGGGUUCACAGGUGGGAAUUUUAAAUAUAUUACCUCAGGAGUUUUGUCAAUAUGAUAGCUGAUCGAAAGCUGUGACAAAAUUUUCCAAUGUGAUUGAUUACCAGCAGCUCAAUGCAAGCCCUGGUAAAACUUUCUUAUUUUGCGCUCGCUAUUAGGCUUGUUUUCUCGUGGAAAAAGUUAACUGUGGGUGUUUGUUUAUCAAUUUUUUCCACUAUAUUGCCAUUAUUUAUAAUAUGAUGUGCUGCGAUGGUCCCCUUUUGCUAAUUUUCGUUUUGUCCCCGCAGAGUGUCCCCCUGGACUGGACCAUAUCGAUAAGAAAUGGCACAUCAAGAGAGAAAACAUAAGAGUACAUUUCCAUGAUAUUAAAGGCAGCUCCAGAUGGCUUGUGCAAGUUUCCUGGAGUCCAUUCAUAGGUAAAUUUUGGGUUGAAUUUGUCGUUUAAUCAUGAAUUGUUCGAAUAUACUGGAACUUCAAAAUGAGCCCCUGAAAAUUCGAUUAUCUCUAUCAAAUGAGCUCUUUUAAUCCUCCUCCAAAAGCCUUGUAUUAUUUUAUUCUUAAGCCAUGCUAAUCUGACCAUGAAAGUUCACCUUUUUUUGAAUUCAGCCAGACGCCAUUUUGAAUUAUGUUGAUAAUUCCAUGUACUUAGGCAAAAAUUUCAGCCUUUGUCCCAGAUGGUUGAACAGAAGAGAGUUGCACGACUAUGGGGACAGAGGCAAUGUUUAAGGGGAGGUAGGGGGCUAAUAUGAAAGUUCUCAGAGGGUUGGACUCACUUUUCCGAACUGCAAGGUUGCAAAAUUGUUGAUGGAAACUCCUUUUUUUCAGGUAGUACCAAAGGCUGGGAUAAAUAUUACAUGAGGUACUUUACUGGCGAAGGUCGUUUACCCUAUCAAAAUUUCUCCUGCCUGAUACUUCCCAAGGUAUAUAUUGUUUUCAUGUCGCAACUGAUGGUUUGUUGCCGUAAGGACCUCUUAAUGUUGAGAAUGGAUUUCCUCUUCAGAUUGUCUGUUUAGUUUUAGGUAUAGAUAAUCAUCGUACCUUGAAAGCAUUUGGUAAAUAAUAAUAAAAUAAUGAUAAAAGAGAAACACAAAAACUCAAGGAAUAAAACUAAAAAGAAACGGUGAUUAAACACCCCCCUUUCUGUGCCUGAAGGUAUAUCAUUUCUCAGUUCUAAACAGUUACUUCUUUCGUGUCUCUUAAGCGAAAAAGAGAUCGCCUAAGUUUGCUCUUUGUUGCCUCGGUUCUUGCACUCUGGAAUAAGUCGAGAAAACCUUAAUUGUAACUAGUUACUGAGGUUGCUCUGUACUACUUCAGAUUUGACAAAGAAAUUGCUUUCUUUUUUCCCAUUUCCUCUCUUUGAUUUUUCCCUAUAAUCAAAAAUGUUUGAGACUGUACUGUAUUUAUUCUUAUGUACAUAUGUUUAUCACUUCGGUCAUGAAUGGGUUUUUAGGAAACAGCCAUCUAUUUCGUUGAUCUUUGCUCCUAUGAUCCAAGGCAUCCUUCCUGAAGAUCGAGACCCAAUCUCAUUUAUUCUAAAAUCGUCCAAGUAGUUUUGCACCUCUUCUUCUCAUGGAUAGUUUCAUUUCCUGUUUGUUGAGGGACAGGUCACAAAACAUCGCUUACGGGGGAGGGGACGGGGUUCAGAGGGUUUUGGUUGUGUCACAAUAAAAUUUUACCGGAUCCCCCAUUAUUUGCAGUUAAUUAGCGGUCAAUUUUCUACAGUCCUCCCUCUAAACUCUGCUUGUGACGACUGUUUCCCCCCCUUCCCCAAUAAAACCUCUACCACUCCCCCUAGGUGAUAAGCAAUGAUUGAUCGCUAUCUGUUUGAUUGUUGGUGAGUACUUGAGUUUUUUUUCUUGUUUCGUUUUAGAACCGAACAAGUGUGAACAUCACGUCCUCAUACAAGGAAAGGAAAAUCACUCUAAUUGUAAGAUAAACGGAAAGAUAUUUUUUAGCUGAUGAUAAUUAAAUUUUCUCCCUAGAUUCGGGGGUUUUAACUGUAAAAUCCCAUAAACCAACUUAAUUUUUUGGGAAAGAUUUUACUAUUUUAUUUCAUUCCAUCCAGAUUCUCUGUAUAAACAGUUUGACAAAGUUCAUUUCAGAUUCGCACGAAGUAAUGUCUCAUUUCAGAUGAAUAUAAUGACUUUAUUCUUGCAGGUGACUGCUCUUCCAAACAUACGGAGUGGGACAAAGCCAAGUAUGGUUUUAGAGCCUUUUACGCCGACUAAACAAUAUGGACCUCGUAAGUACUCUAUGAAGAGCAUAAAACAAGUACACUUAAGAGACUCUUGUGCAAUAAAAUCACUGAAAAAUGUUGGCAUGUUGUGAAUCUUCCUAGAGCUGCCCAAUUUAAUAACUGACACAUAAAUAAAUAACUACUGCACCUCAACAUUAUAUACUGCAUAAGCUUGACGAUGUAGCUGGCUUAGAUUUAAUCCAUUAAAGAAUGACUUUGUUUCCCGUUACAUAGAGUUCCUGGUAUAUUCCAUCUUUAUCAUGACAGUUAGCGACAAGAGAAAAGCAACGAGUUUCCUUUUUUUCUGACGCGCUAAGCAUCUAGGUUAAGUGCUCUAUAGCGGUGUCAUGUCCAUUAUUUGUCAGUUACUGACAAAAUCGUUGGAGCAAUUUGAAAAGGAUGCGAUAUGUUAUAAAUUGUGAUAAAACCUCUGGUUGCCACGGUAUCUUGUUACUUCGAAGAAGCGCUUUCAAACACCUUUUCUAUGCGAAUAAACUACAUAAUUUUUAUUUGAUAAUGCAUAUAUUAAACCCGUAUGAUAUUGAGGUGCAUUUUCUCUUUUUCAGCCGUGUACACUCCUGGUGCCGUCCUCAUAACAUCAAAACCAACAUCAGAGCGUAAGUAGUUGGUCGUUUCCAAAUAUAUACGUCACGACAGUUGUGCAUCGAUCUUCUAAAUAUUGCUCAGUCAUGUUAACUCUUUAACCCUUAAACUCUUAUGAGUGACCAAGACAGAAUUUCUCCUUACAAUAUCAAUACAAUAUCAAGCAGGCGAGUAAUGGGAAUAAAGACAAAUUUUAAUUAAGGGAUUAUUAGUCGAUCCAAUACCAAAUUCUCCAAACCAACAUCACAAGAACUAUAUGGCAUACAGUAAGGAUAAGUGCUAAUGAGAUCUUGGGAGUUAAAGGGUUAAACGUUAUAAUUUGAUGAUGGCGAUCGUCGAUUAUGAUAAUCAUUUCCAUCCUUUCCCAGCCUCGAGCGUUUUUUGGUUACUCCUAAACAUUUGUUGUUCAGUGACCUUAACAGGCAAUACCCAUAUUGUUUGAGCUCUCUUUAUAUUCUUUUCAUCGCCUGUUGCUUGCUUGAAAUAACAAUUUUAUGAAAUGGGAAAAAAAGGUAAGAGAUAUUCCUUUCUAAUUCCAGGUAAGAAUACGGCCUUACUUUAUGGAUCAAUCGCCGUUGGAAUCCUUGUUGGAAUAGUUUUUGGUGCUUGCUUGCUGAUAUAUUUUCAUCGUCGUAAACCAAGUAUCACUUUACCAUCAGGUUUGAACUUGGAGAAGUUAUUUUGUUUUUAUAUUGAUUCCUUUGUUUAUGUUAAGUUAUAUUGUCAUCUUUAGGUACUUUUUUCCACUAAUGGCAAAAGUUCUCAGAAGUGUUUUACGUACUUGCAGAAAGCAUUUUGAAACAUAUUACGAUAGAUCAUAAAGAAACUUUUGAUACGGGAGCAGCUCACGUGAUUCUCAAUAUGACAACUCCCAGCGCUUCUCGGCACGCAUUGAGGGCACUACUUUUUCUUGAAACACGAAUAGUUCAUAUUUUACUAUCAUUUUUAUUCUGCCCCACACCCCUCCCCUUCCCCCUUCCCCCCAAAAUAGAAAAUUAUGUAUUCUAAAUUCUAAAACUAUAUACCUAAUUUUGUCGGCAGUAAACUUAGAGCGAACUUUUUUCUAAGAAAUGUACUUAAAAGUUUGGUGACUCUUAAAUUUCAAGUGUAAUUUGCGAGAGCUUGAAAACGAGGUUCAAGUUUGGUAAUUUUUUGCUUUUAUGGGGCGGAAUGAUAAAAAAAAAAGUGAUAUCAAAACAAGUUAGCUCACCUGUUUUGUCGUCGCCAUUUGCUUGUAUUCGUUCGCUGAAGAUAUACUGCAUAGCCUGCAAAGUGUGUGUAUGAUAUUUACAACUCUAUAAAUGACGACCUUUCAUAUUUUUAUUUGGCUUCAGAUUUCAAAUACCACGCUUUCAUAAUUUACAACAAAGAAGAUGAAGGCUGGGUAAAAGGAAAACUUCUAAAAUUCUUGGAAGAAGAGCACGGUUUGAGAGUAUGCAUCCACUAUAAAGACUUUACUCCUGGAAUUCCUUUUACAGAGAGUAUGGUAGAAAGCGUUUCCUGCAGCCACAAGAUCAUUGCUGUUUAUUCGAGCAACUUUUUGAAGAGUAAAUAUUGUAAUUACGAGCUUGAACUUGCCAGGUAUCGCCUCUUAGACAAGCGGGACAACUGCCUGAUUGUCAUAAGGAUCGAUAAAUCAAAGUUCGACGACCUCCCUCGGGAGCUUCGCGGAAGAAGCUGUAUCGACUAUGCUGAUCUGACGGAGAGACAGUUCUGGAAAAGGAAACUGCUCAAGUUUUUGGAUGUCCCUAAGGAGCCAAGUCACGUAGAGGUAGAAGUGGAGUCGGACCCUAAUAGUAAUGUCUUUGCUCCCGAAGUUACCACAGAGGGAAGUGAUGGACAGAUGAGGAGUAGGUAUUCCAGAUUGGACAGUUCGAUAAGUACUACCACAGAGUUAUCCAUUGUUACUCUAAACGAGGAUAAUCCGGUCUAACUUUUAUUUACAUUUCAUCGUAUUUAGUAUGUGACAUGGGUUCUUGUAUACGCUAAGCAGUGAUCGUUUACCUAAUACUGUAACUCCCAGGAAUGAUCAACAUGAAACUUCUUUCCACUAUUCAGAACAUUUCUCAGCAAACAGUCAAAGAGGAUAAACAAGUGUAUCGGCUGGAGGCUGGUAUCAUAAUGCAACAACAUCUGUCAAUAAAUGUCGUAGAAAUGUAUUGCAACAACAGAAGAUGAAGCAUAACUUUAUCAUCUCUUGACAGUAACUAGAGCGGAGAAUAACGAAUCAGAUUCUGUAAAUUAAAGUACUUUACUGUUACGGGGACGCCACUCCUUGCCCCGCAGCCUGUAGGCUGUUGAUGUAUAUAGGACAAGAAAAAAUAUUAUUCAGUCAUUUUAUGUUACUAAAGAGCAAUUUUUUUCAAAGCGGAGAGCUUUUGACUUCUAUCUUAGCAUUACAGCAUCUAUAAGCGUAUCCAAAUGAUGCUGUGAUCUUAUUGUAAAUAUUUGGGAGGAUUACCCUUUUGGCGAAAAGUGACGUCUGUUAUAGUUAGUGUGCAAUUUAUGACAUUAGAGUUAGCAUCCCCGUGCGAAAAUAUAUUCCACCUUUACCCCCCUCCUUUAGUCCAUCUGUGCUUAUUCACUUAAAGAUUAAGCAACUUUACCAUCUCUAGAAACAUAUUUAAGGAAACCUCCUUGUGGCAGAGUAAAAGUCAGUUUGAAUUGUAAUUAUCAUCACACACAUGAGUCCAAGGCCUACGGGACUUAACCAAGUUUUGUCUCGAAACAGUUGAAAGAGGAUAAAAUGAAAGAAAACAAACUGAGAAACUGAUGGCUUUUCUUGGUGGUUUUUCGUGAAAGCCUUUGGACUCAUUCGUAUUUGCAUUAUUGCGUGAAGUCUUAAAUAAGAAACGAAGUUAGAGUUGCUGCUCUUGGCGAUAUGAAAAGGUCAGCUUUAGUCUCGUUUUCAAAUGAAGGCUUGACUAUAUGUUGCUCAGAGAAAAUAAGAUGUGUUAGAGAGAGGGAGGUAGGGUCCUGAUUUGUUAUUUUCACGUAAGUUACGUUUAGACAGUCUCGUGAGCGAAAAUAUAUUUUUGUAGAGGUGUGCAUGAAGACUGACUGACAUUAGUCGGAUAUUUUAUCUGAGUAAACUAACUAUCAGUUCUGUCGAUCCAGACUCACUGUAGGAGAACGGAGAUUUGUGUUAUUUCAUUUUGUUUUUCUUUUUUCUCCUAUGUGAUAAGUAACCCUCAAGACCUCUGAAUUUCAGUUCAGCUUCCCCCUCUCUCAUUCAAUCUUAACGGUCAUUUAGGCUGCUUGCUUAGGAGCUGUCACUACUUGUGCAUUGGUACAAGUAAUUGUGUAUUUGCACAUAUUUACUCCUCAAGGGAUGUUUGUCGUUUCAAUGUAUAUUUAGUAAAAACGAAGCAAAACUUGAAACAUAAUAAAGCUUUUACGACAAUAAUG